AUGGAGGAUGAAAAUGGGCUUGAGCUUAGUUUGGGUCUAGGUUGUGGUGGAUCAUCUGCCAAAUCCAAAGGUAAAAAUGGCAGCUCUUCAGAUACUAGGAUGGAAGAAGGUGAUAAAGGCAACAAAUUGGGAGAUGAUUUUAAAAAGUUUCUUCAUGGUAAUACCCAGAAGCAGGAUUCGAGCACUGGAUCUCAAAGAAGUGAUUCAGUGAUACCUCAAGAGAAGUUCUUCAAUGACCUUUCCAAGAACAAUGCUGAUGCAGAUGCUUCUAUUAACUUGAACAAUAGGGGGCUGUGGGUUUCAAGCACUAGAUCUGCUGAAACUGAUGAAGAAAAAAGAUCAGACCUUGGUAACAAGCGUAAACAUUUAUUUGAUGAGUUAAAUAAUCGGAAGAAGCAUGAGAGAGAUGCUCAUCAUACUGAUUUACAUGACAAGAAAUCAUAUAUUUCCAUAACUACAGAAGAUGGCUCAACUGCUGAAAAUGAAGAUGUCGCAGAGUCUGAAGUUGAGGGUUCCACCUCAAGGUUGGCUUCUCACCAUGAUGAUGGCCCCAAACAAUUUAUUGGAGUUGGUGGUCCUCCUGAGGCUACAAAGGAGGUUCGUGGAUUUUCUGAUUCAAGUGUUGUGGAGUUACAAGGACAGAGGAGGGUCAAUGGUUCUUCAGAAAAUGAAUUUAAGCAGGGAAACUUGAGUUAUGGAGUUCCAUUCUCAGUCCAACCGGUCGGCAUCAUGAAUGUGCCUUACUCAUUUCCAGUGAAGGAGUCUAACUCUGUUGGUGCACCCAGCACUUCAGGCCAUCCGAUAACAGGCAUGAUUCCGGUGUUGCCUACUUCAAACUGCGAGCAGCGAACUGUGAACCAAUCUGUGAAUCCUGGAAAUUUGCCAGUAUUUUUUGGUUAUUCCCCAGUCCAGCUUCCAACAUUGGAUAAGGAUAAUUCCUUUGGCUUGGUCUCUCAUCUUCAACAGUUCAACACUUCCUAUGGCAGAGCUCCGUCAAAUGCUGAGAAGCAGAAUGAUGUGCUGAAGAUUUCUCAAGCCAUGCAAGCUAUUGCACGAAAUUCUCCUGAGGUUGCACAAUAUGAUGGGAGGACAUUGGGACGAGCCAAAGGCGAUGGCAAACAAUUAAUUGCAGAGGAAGGGUCCUCUUCUCAUACCGAAGAUGAUGCUAAAGGAAGCACCAUGAACCUUAGGCCAAAGGAUGCACCCGAGCAAUCAACAGCAGAAACCCUCUGUUUUGACUUUUCAGCCAUAAAGCCAGGUAUUGGUCCAGCCGUAAAAUUUGGGGGAUGUGGUUCCUAUCCAAAUUUGCCGUGGGUUUCUACCACGGCACCUGGCCCAAAUGGCAGAACGAUUUCUGGUGUUACCUACAAAUACAGUGCAAAUCAAAUCAGGAUUGUUUGUGCUUGCCAUGGUUCCCACAUGUCCCCUGAGGAGUUUGUUCGACAUGCAAGUGAAGAAAAUGCUAAUCCAGAUAGUAGCAAUGGGUUAGCAACGUUUCCAAGUACCAAUCCUGCUGCCCCUACUCAGAGCUGA